GAUAUGUCGAGUUUUACAAAUAGGGCAGUGAGGUUACUGAAGCAUGAUAAGAGUAUUGUGAGGGAGGAUCACUUGGACAAGCGUUGUGAGGAGGCGACUGGAGAAGUUGUCGAUGAGGUCAUAUUUUUCAGCAAGCACAUGGCAGCCUCAAAUCGUCCCAUGCUUACUGUUCAUCCAAUUGGCGUGCCUCAUUUACGCCAAGACAAGGUUCCACCUGCAGGUGGAAAGCCUGGGUGGGCAGCACCACCUAAUCGUCAAAUAGGACCGUGGUUGAGGCUCUUGAAGGCUAUUGCUGAAUCACAUAAUCUCAUUCCUGAAUUUGAGGUCACAUUGGAAGCGACUCAUCAUGGACCAGAAAUUAAUUCACCUACAAUGUUUGUAGAAAUCGGCAGUACAGAAGAGUACUGGAAGAGGCAGGAUACUGCCCAAGCCAUUGCUUUAUUAGUGUGGGAAGGUUUAGGGCUUGGUGGAGGAGCUGCAGUAGGAGACUGGAGCCGGAAUAAUGGUCAAAGCGAAAUCCUCUUGGGAAUUAGUGGUGGACAUUAUGCACCAUGGCAUAUGGAUAUCGUUUUGUAAGUUACUAUACAUUUGCCAACUUCCAAGUAUUCCAUUAGUUUGUUUAUCUAAUAUGCUAAAUGGUUUAAAGGGGCAUCAAUGGAACAGAUUCCUUAGAUCAGGUUAAUGUUUUGACUGGAAACAGUGAAAUAUUUUAAUACAUCAAACUUGUCAUGAUAAAAUAGAUCUAUCCUUUUGAGCCAUGUCCAUUUAGAUCAACUGAAUGUGAAAAGGAGUCAAGAUUAAAAGAUUCUAAUAACUCAGAACUCUGCUUCUAGUGGUUUGUCCUCAGCCUAAUUCCUACAUUUAUAUCCGUUUAGAUUUGUUUUUGUUUCAAUUGGUGUUAUUUCCUAACAGAAAACUCAUGUUUCAGUUGAUGACAUCAUUAACAAGCAAACUGCAGUUCCUUACUAAAAAAAUAAAUAAAUAAGACUCACACAAAAAAAAAGCAAGAAAAUUCUGUUGGCACCAUUGCCAGUUGCAAAUUCUGAUGAAAAUUCGGUUUGCAUCAGUGUUAUUUUCACCUGAAGUCAAUGUUCAAUAUUUUCAAUUCUCUCUUUGAAAUUGUUGCUAUCACUACAAACUAUACAUUUUGCUUAAACUGUAUCUGCAUUGAUUUCAUUAUACGUGAAUACUAGCCUGGUCCUGUUUGGGGGUUCAUAAAUAACUUCAAAUUGCAAUUAAUAAAAUUAACAUUUAAAAUAUUUUAUUCUCAAAUUUUGAUGCCUAAGUUGAGGUUGUAAAGGCGCUUGUUAUUAAAAAGUUCCAUUUUUAAAAAAAAAAAAAUUCAGGAAAGGUGGUGUUUUUGUGGGCCAUCUGCUUUCUGGGUAUUCAUUGCCUAUGGAAGAUCUGGGUCAAUCUAAACAGACAAAUGUGGAGGGUGUUGGUGGAACUUGGAGAGAAGCAAUCAAAGUUGCCUGUGAGACUACAAAGGCAGCUUUUCCAGGGGGUGAAGUUAUGGCACAUCUUGAUCACAAGAGCUUCAAAGUUGGCAAAGAAAUGCCAUUACAGGCUUUUUAGCGGAGCAGGACAUUAAAAUUGGCAAACCGAGCGACUUCUGCUGAAUUUCCCGGGUGAUGAUAGAUUAACUGAUUUAUUUUUAUUUGUUAUCAUAGUUUUCUAUUACUUCCAAUCCCAUACCAUGUUCUUAAAACUACUAUUCUUUGAAUUUAUGAUCAUUUCCAUUCUAAAAUUGUAAAUAGUAAUUGUCUAAUCCUAUAAAAAUGUCGUGGCUGCACAUUUUUGACAUUAUUUUCUUCUUCACAUAUGAAAGUUCCGCAUGUAGUUUGCUGAUGUA